GUACAAUUUCUGUUCUUCUUCGCAUCGAGGGAGAAGAAACAACGUGAAAGAGAGGGAAAAAACGAAGAACAAACGUCUCGAAUUGAUUGAUUGAUUCACUGGUUUGAAUUAAUUUGUUAAUUUUUUUAGUAAAGUUUUGUUGUUUUGUAAUGGCGGAUUCGUUUUGCUCGGACUGUAAGAAGCACACGGAAGUGGUGUCCGAUCACUCGGCUGGGGAUACGGUGUGCUCAGAAUGCGGUUUGGUGUUGGAGUCUCACUCGAUUGAUGAGACCUCCGAGUGGAGGACCUUCGCCAACGAGUCUGGAGACAACGACCCCGUCCGUGUGGGCGGACCGACAAAUCCUCUAUUGGCUGAUGGCGGCCUCUCCACCGUAAUCGCUAAGCCUAACGGCUCUAGUGGCGAUUUCCUUUCUUCUUCCCUAGGCCGAUGGCAGAAUCGCGGGUCCAAUCCCGAUCGGGGGCUUAUUCUCGCGUUUAAAACUAUAGCCACUAUGUCUGAUAGGUUAGGCCUUGUUGCAACUAUCAAGGACCGUGCAAAUGAGAUCUAUAAGAAAGUGGAGGACCAAAAGUCAAGUCGAGGAAGAAAUCAGGAUGCCUUAUUGGCUGCUUGUCUGUACAUUGCUUGUCGUCAAGAAGAUAAGCCACGAACUGUUAAGGAAAUUUGCUCUGUGGCCAAUGGAGCCACAAAGAAGGAAAUUGGCCGAGCAAAAGAAUACAUUGUGAAACAACUGGGGUUGGAGACCGGUCAAUCGGUGGAGAUGGGAACAAUACAUGCUGGGGACUUCAUGAGGCGCUUCUGCUCAAAUCUUGGUAUGAAUAAUCAAGCAGUUAAAGCUGCGCAAGAAGCUGUUCAGAAGUCUGAAGAAUUUGAUAUAAGGAGGAGCCCUAUAUCAAUUGCGGCUGCUGUUAUUUACAUUAUAACUCAGCUUUCUGAUGACAAAAAGCCUCUUAGAGAUAUUUCAAAUGCCACAGGAGUUGCUGAAGGGACAAUCAGAAAUUCCUAUAAGGAUCUUUAUCCUCGUGUGUCGAAGAUAAUACCAGGCUGGUAUGCUAAGGAGGAGGAUCUCAAGAACCUCUCUAGCCCUUGAACUAGAUAGCAAGCGCGGACAACCUGAAUUUGGAUGAUCUUUGAGGCCCGUGUCUCGUCUCAGAACUGAUAAGAACUAUACCAGAGUGUUAAUUGUCUUCCCCUUUCUCCCCUCUAUAGUAAUUUAGAGACCGAAAACAUAAGAUAAAGAAAUGACACAAGUUGAAUUGAUUCUAUGCUUAAAGAAAAUGUACAAGUUGGAACUUUCCCAGUGGAAGUUUAGUUUAUGACAAAUGAUGCUUAUGCAUACUCUUUGCCCUUCACCCUAGAUAAUGUCAUUUUGUGGGUGAUUGAUUGUAUUUAGUCCCCUUGUAUUUCUAUUUUGACCUGUAUUUGACUGUGCAAUCUUUUUUUUUUCCUUA